CUUUCCACGAGAUAUUAUUAUGUUAUCCUUUUAAAAGCUAGCGCUAUAAGCUAUGGGAGCUCAAGCUCACUUUCUUCCGCAACUUCAACCGCACACUCUCUUCACUUCUUUUUCGCUAAAACCCAGUAAAGUUACCGACACGAAAUUUUCCAGCUGUUGCCCUCUGAAACACCGCUCUAAAUGGGAAACCAAUGCUGGGUUCACACCCUCUGGACGCUCCAGAUUCAAUCACGAUGAUGAUGGGUUUUACUCCGAUGGUGAUGACGAUGUUCGUGACUUCUCCGCGAAGCAGAGGGUCUGGUGGUCCGAAAAUGAAGGUGACUUUGAUUUUGAUAAUCCAUGGGAAGUUGAUGAAGAAGACGAGUUUUGGAUUUUUAAGAUAUUUAGAGCUUUUGGUUGGAUGUUUCCAGCUAUUGCCAUAUCAUUGUUACUGGGGACAGGCCCCAAUGCCUUCUUAAUGGCAUUAGCGGUUCCGCUAGGACAGUCACUGGUCUCUCUUGCAGUUGAUAGAGUCUGGGGGAGUCCAAGCAAUAGACAAAAAUCUAGACCCAGGACCAAGAGCAGAAGAAAACCUUUCACAAGAACUACAACAAAUAGUAAAACAAGCCAUGUUAAACAAGAAAAUGAAAGUCGCAAAGGCAAGGGAAAUUAUCAGUCAUGGGUGGCAACAGAGGGUUGUUCACAUGAGAAAGGUGGCAAAACUGGCCCAAGAUUUGGUGGUUGGGAUGAGCUAGACAAGGAAGUUGGAAACCAGAAAGCUUCUAAAAUCCCAUCAAGCCAAAUUGAAAACGAAAUACCAAACCAACAGAAGAAAGAUAAACUGAGCAGGUUAGGGAGAAUGAGAGACAAGCCAUUGUUGUUGAGGCUGCUGAUUGCUGUUUUCCCAUUCUUGGGUUCAUGGACAAAAUUGCUAUUUUGAUUGUUUAUGACUCUUAGUCUUGGAUAUCACUCUGUUCCCUUUUGCUUGAAAGUUGUAGGAGAGAUUUGAACAGUUUAUGGUUAUAGGGAGGUAGAUAUAUUAAAUCUUGUAUUUAUUACUUGUUGUAUUUCUCUUAUAUAAAAUAAAUGUACAUUUUCUAUUGUUGGAUUUGCACAUAAGCCAAGGUUUAUUAUAACAAAGAGCAAUGUGAAAAACCAA